UGGCGGCCAACAGCUUCAAGAUCUUCAGAGAACUUCACUAGUUUUCGUCUAUGAUUUUCCACAUUUUUGUGCCUAAAUUUAACCAUUAUGAAUGAGAARGAGGAAGACGAGGUUUCAAAGUACCUUUCUGUAGCUCGAGAAUGCAUUGUUCUUGAAAAAUACGCCGAAGCAUUGGCAUAUUUCGUCUGCCUUGGAAAUAUGCAGCCGGCAAGGAAGAAAGAGUUUGAGUCGGAUUUUAUGGCUGCUUUGUGCAAAUGGACCGAGGUUUUAGAACAACACGGGGAUUAUAAAAAGAUGUUGAACUGCUUUCAAGAAGCAGCAGUUUUGUAUCCCGAUAAUGAGACUCUUUUGAACAAUGUUGGUGGCGUGCUUUUUCGCCUGGGAUUCAGCGACGAGUCAGCUUCUUUUUUUCGUAAGGCUUUACGACUCAACCCGUCAAAUCUCCAAGCGAGGGAGAAUUUAGAAAACGUUUCUAAUUCUCUGGUCGAGCGAUGGCACUUUAGGAUGCUUAAUGAUCGAAAACGCAACCUAGCUUACAAAGAAGCAAUAAAAAGAGCUAUCGCACGAGGAUAUGACACAGUUUUAGAUAUUGGAAGCGGAACGGGGAUUCUAAGCAUGUUCGCCGUAGAAGAAGGGGCAAAGAAGGUUUAUGCAUGUGAGUUAUCAAAAACGAUGUAUGAAGUUUCAAUUGAUGUGCUGCGAGCCAAUCAGAUGUUAGAUUCUAUCCAUCUUAUAAACAAGAAAUCCACAGAGAUGUCGGUCGGGAAGGAUUUGCCUAGUCACGUGACUCUGGUUGUUACUGAAACCAUGGACUGUGGUUUACUUGGCGAAGGAAUCCUUAAAACCAUUUCGCAUGCUUGGGGGAACUUGUUGGUACCUCUUAAAGACUCUAUGAAGUCAAGUCAGCCUGCGUCGAAAGUUAUUCCAUCUGGAGCUGUGCUAUACGGGAUGGUUAUUACAGCAAGGGAUAUUCGUAAGCAGAGUAGAUGCAGAACAAUGAUCUCUGGCGUUGAUCUAUCAAAGGUUCACAUUAUUGGAGGAGAUCAACUCGAACCUCAAAAUAACAACUCAGAUCUUGUGAUUGAGGAUCCAGUGGAGCCGUAUACAACAGAAUCUCUCAAUACUCUUCCCUCUGGAUACAAACCUCUCACUGACACAUUUGUCAUAACAGAGUACAAUUUCUGUGAUACCAGCAGCUUGGAUGCCAAGAGAGAGCUAACCUUAGAAGUCUCCGUCAAAUGCUCUGGUAAUGUUGAUGCUAUAGCGGUUUGGUUUGACCUUCAUCUGGAUGAAAAUGUAUGCAUUAGUACUGGUCCGAGUGAUGAUUCUUUGUGCUGGGAGCAAGCUAUAUUUCCUGUCCAUCCUCACCAUUUGGUUAAUAAAAGUUCUCAUGAAGUGGACAAUGAGAUACUGAUAAAUGUAAAUGAGGGAGAUUCUCUUACGAUAACAGGAGUAGUAAGCCAAGAGUACCUGCAGAUUCAAUGCCGUGAUGCAAGUCCAAAGAAGAACAUUGGAAGGGAGCUACUUGUGCCAACCGCUCCGUAUGGGUGUCAGGAAAAUGUCAAUCAAGAUCAAGACGUUACAGCUGUCCCAGUACUGGCCAAAGAAGUAAAAAAUGAUUGUAAAAAGUCGUCAUUAAAGGCAGAAUCCUUAGUGGUUCUUCCUCCUUCCUACCUUUGCAGAGCAAACGACACAUUCUACAGCUCUUCCCUUCAAAGUGUAGUUCUAAACUCAUUCAAAGAAAUAAAUUUGUCUGAGGCACAGGCUGAUGGAGGUGUGUGUGGAAUCAAAGUGCUUGACAAUAUGAAUGGGUUACCACUUUGCUCACUACUUGCAGUUCAAGAAGGUGCAAGUCAUGUUCUCAUAACGAACCCAGGAAUAAGUAUCAAUGUGCUGGAAGAAAUCAGAAAAUCAAAUGAGAUCCCAAACAGGAUUCAUUAUGGGCCGGCCAAGCUUGAAGAUAUUGCUCUUGAUGGAAGAAAUUGGGACAUCUUUAUCACUGACCUAGUUGAGCCAUCAGGUGCCUUAAAACAACAAGCUAUUGAAGAUAUCGUAUUCUCACAAGGGUGUUUACUAAAGCAGGAUUCAGGCCUCGUCAUCCCAAGAGAAUUCCAAGCCCUUUCUAUGUGUAUUGAGUCCCAGGCGCUCAUGGCUUUAAGCAAAGUUGUCAACAAUGAAAAUACUUUAGGUCUAGAGAUCGGGCAAUUUAUGAAUGAGUUUCAAGUGUCGACACAAGUCAAUAUAGACCUGAGUACAUUAGAGUUUACUGCUCUCAGUGAAGAGUUGGAACUUUUUGACAUGGAUUUUAUGAGAGAUAUCUCACAUGACGAAGAGUUAUUGGAAUUGCUUGAAGUGAAGAAAGAAAAGAAAGUCAAGAUGCUAAGAGAAGGUAUUUACAGCAGCUAGUCGGGAAUAUACUUCCUAUACUCAUCGUAAUAUCACUAUAAAGCCACAAACAUAUUAAGAGAGGACAUGAAGGCUUCGUUACAAC